AUGUCUGACGCGGCCAUGCGGUUCAUGCCCACAACGGCACGGGUGCGCCGCCGCCCGCGACCAGCGUCCCAGUCGGCCCGUCGCCUACGCCGGCGGCCGGUCUCGCGGCCGACAUCAGCAGAGCUUCGUGCGCCGCGAGCACAGUCGGCCGGACGCCGGAAGACUCGCCGUGGUCCACAGCCAGUUCCGGCGCGCGCUGCGCAGUUCCAAUCGCAGUCGUCAUCGGAGCCGCCUUGUCCUGAUCCUGAGCGCAGCCUUCCGCCGCGCCCGCCCACUGCCCAGCAGCGGCUCGCCGAUUAUCCGCAGCUUGCCUCACUGGUCACUCUCUUCCGCGGAAAGAACCCAAAAGCCGCCGAGGCUGCCGAGGCUGCCGAAGCUGCCAAAGCUGCCGAGGCUUACGAUGCGGCCGUAGUGCGGCCGAUGAUGCCCGCGCCCGCGCCGGCGCCGCCGGCGGCGCCGGCGCCGCCGGCUGACCUGGCUGCGCCGCACCGUCGGUCCCGACCAGCUACGGCACCGGGGCCACGGGCGCUCCGACACGGCCGGUCGCAGUCGCGGUCACAGUCGCGUAUGCGUGUUGAUGCCAGUUCGGGCCGGAUGUUGGACAUUCUCGCGGCGCGGGCGCAAGCCAAGCCGUACUUUUACCGCUGGGCCGCAUCGGCGGCAGCUGACGAGCUUCCGCCGACUGAUCCGCCGUCGUGGGCCGACAUGGUCAUUCACGCCCGAGCCAACGAGGGCGAGCUGCCACCGACACUCAUUCCGCCGACCUACCACGUGAGUAGCAAGACCACGGUGGUGGCACCCGAGCUGGCGUCGUGCGAGGUCAACUCGUACGCUGAUGGUACCUUUGACGUCAACGUCUUUCCGGGACGCUCUUCUGGCGUGCUCAAGGACGGCGCGGGCCAGGCCAAGCACCUGCGGCUUGCCAUGGACCAGAUGCUGCACGCACAGCGGGAGCUACUGCGCGGCGCAAGCCCGUCCGACUCACUCGAGGCCCUGCUUGCGGAAGAACAGGUGCUCGAGGUCUGCCUUCACGAGGUCGCGCGGCAAGUCAUGGUCCACUCGGUCGAGCAGGGCUCGGCGCUGUAUGUUCUCUGGGCCCGGAUCUCCGAACUCUUCAGCCUCGUUCCCACCGUAGUCGAGAGUCUGCGGCAGGCGGCGACGAACCGCGAGGAGGCACUCGGACUCGCCCGCGAGCAGUUUGAGGCCGAGGCCAAGGCUUACGCCGAGCACAUGCAAACGCGCGAGUCGCAGCUCACGGCUCACAUUGCUCUCCUCGAGUCGCAUCUUGAGUCGCAGGAGAUCGAGCUCCACGAGCUGCAGGACCGUGCCCGCCGGCAUGAGGAGAUGGGCACCUCGGCACUGCUCUCGGAAAAGUUUGCCAACAUGGACGCGCUCUGCAUGGAGCUCAACAUCAAGACGGUCACCAUCGAGCGUCUACAGAACGAGACGACCAAGAUGGCUCGCAAAAUCGCCUCACUCGAGCUCGUCAACGCCAAGUACCAGUCUGAGAUCAAGAGCCUCAACAGCCAGCUCCGCGACGCGCGUGCCAUGGUCUUGCGCCUCGAGCUGGAGACCUCGGCAUUGCCAUCUGGCAACGUCGAUGCCCUGCCGGGCGCCGAGGACGCCGACGCCGCCGCCACUGGGCCGCCGCGCUCGAUCCGCUCCAAGGUUCAGGAGUGGGAGACCGAGCGGCUCAAGCUCCUCACUGAGAUCCAAGAGCUGACCCAAAUGGCCGAGGCCAAGGCGACGUUGGCGCUCAGCGGCGAUGUCGCCAUUGUGGCUGCGGCUGAGGGCGGAAGCGGGCGGGCGCAUCAGCUUGAUCCCCGUGAGCAGCGGUGGCGCUACGAGCGCAACCUGCUUCUCAACGAGCUGUUUCAGCUCAAGGCCGAGAAUGACUCGAACGCGUUGCACAAAGCGCUGUAUCACGCGCUCACCCGGCGGUGCGCCCGGCUGCACCUCGAACCGGGCUUUCAGGUCCGCCGGGCGGUGAAGUCCAAGGCCUGGCUCGACAAAAUCAUCGGCCUUGUGUACUACGCCAAGAUCUCCGAGCUUCAGCACAAGGAGACACCGCUUCUUGCGCAGCCGUUUCCAGAGUUUGUCUACGAGUUUCUUCUGCGGACCUACUCGCGGCGCUCACUCGUCAACCAGUACGCGUACGACAUUGUGCAGGCUGUCGACAAGUACCGUCGCGAAGAUCUCUGGAUCGACAUCUUUGGCCGGUUCCUCGACGAGGACCUCCCGCCGCCGGCGCUCCAGUUCUUCAUGGCUGUGCUCACCGUCGCCGACAACUCGACGGCAGGUAUUCCGUAUCCAGUUAACCCCGACACCAGGCGCCCGUUCUGGAUUUGCACCCGGCGGUGCGCCGACGUGCUGCGGUCUGUCUUCCCUGCCCUCGACACCAACGUCUUUGAGGGCUUUAUGACCAUGGUCAACGCCAACGCCACCGCCACACCGCAGGCUACCGUUGAGCUCCUUGUGAACCGCCCGUGGAAUGGCGACGAGCGCGUCCGCUUUGACACCUUUGUCGAGCUUGCCCUGCGCCAGUUCCAAGAGUUUAUGGGCUCGGCCCUCAAGUCGGCUGCUCGCAAGUUCCACGCCUUGGAUCUGCACUCACAGGGAUCGCUCUCACUCCUCGACUAUCUCUCGCUCUGGCGCGAGCUCGACUUUGGCGUGCUCGACGAGCAAGAUCUUGUCCACCUCUUCAGGGUCGCUCUCGACAAGCAGUACUCGGAGGGUGUGACGGCGGCACACCCCGAGCUUGAUGCUGCGGUCUCGUGGUCUUCGUUCGAGUACAUCCUCAUGCACACCAAGUUCUUCACCCACCAGUAUGGUCGGCCGUACCGCGCGCCGGCGUACGAUCUCACUGACGCCGAGGCUGUGACGCUGUACGAGGCGCUCAAGACGGACUGGACGCAACUGCAGAUGGUGGUCAUCGAUCAGCUCGACUCGCUCAAGAACUCGCCGCUGCCGUUUGCCUCAGCCAUGCACGCGCGGCUUGUCGACUCGCGCAACUUGGUUCUCCAGGAGCUCCGCCACACCGCCAACCCGCUCGCCUCGCUCGCCGUCUACCGCGAGCUGCUGGCCCUUGUCGCUACCUCGCAGCUGGCCACCCAACACUCCAAAGGCGAGAUCCCGGUCAGCUACCUUGCCGACGAGAUGGCAGCUCUUCGUGGGGUCAUCACAGCGCGCGCCGAGCACGGCAAGCGCCGCCUGCAGGCCUUUACCCGCGCCAAGACCUCGACCAAGCGCGCACACGUCCAGCUUGUCACCAUGUGCGUCCUCCGCAUCCAGCGCAAGUUCCGUGCUAUUCUCUCCCGCAUCCGCGCCCGCGCCGCGGAGGAGGCCCGUGCCCGCGCUGCGGCACGUCGGGAAUCGUCUGCGUCGUCGUCGUCUCCGCCUGCUCUCUCGCCUGCGGCCGGCAGCAGUAGCAGGGCUAUCUCGCCGGCUUCUCCGCUCACACCAAGCAACCGACGGUCGUCGGUGGCGUCGACGGGGAGCCGGAGAUGAGCAGGGCCCCUUUUACGUGGCUGCUACAGAUCGCGAGGUGUGAGCGAGGCGACGUAGACCCAGACAGCAAGCACGUUGUUGGGGUACGGGUGGACGAAAACAGCAAGCGCGCACUGCGAGCGCGGGUGCUUGUUGAGGUGAACACCUGUGUUGCGGACGGCCUCGACCAACGGGUCGACGUGAGUAAACGGCAUGUGAACCGGAAA